AUGCGUCUGGUCCUCGCCAUCGCCAUCUUGGCCAGCCUGGCCCCGGCCACUGCGAAGCCGGUGACCCCAGAAGGCAAGCGGUGGUGCUUCUUUGGCAUUAUCGGCGACUCCUGUGGCACCACCACAACCAAGUCCUCUGCCCCUGUCCCGGUCACCAGCACAACGGCGACUACGGCACCUACCACCCCGGUCAUUCCUACCUCGUCCGAGCCACCAAGCGUCUCGGAGACGCCCACGACGACGCCUGCGACAACCGCCACUGUGGCGCCGACAUCAGUGCCACCGUCUGAAUCCUCCCCCGCCGUCUCGGCGGCCAACUCAACUUCGCCGAGCGCCACACCCACCAACACCACUCUGAGCUACGACCCCUAUGCCCGCGUCACAACCUAUGCUGCUGGAAACUACUUUUCCGCACCUCUCCCCACCCCCUUCGCGGCCCCGGCCAAGCCUGCGUGGGGCUCGCUGUUCCCGUACCAGCAGCCCCCGAUCCCCAACCAGGUGCUCUCUGCCGACCCGUCCAUCUUCACGGCCAGCGGGGCCGGUGCUGCUUCCAUUGCGCAGCAGCCGCAGACGAGGACGUAUACGUUCAACCUGGGUUACUCUGCCGGUUCGCCGAGCGGGUUUGAGCGGUCCAUGAUGACGAUCAACAACCAGUACCCCGGUCCCCUGAUUGAAGCCAACCAGGGGGACACGCUUGUGAUUACAGUCCACAACGGGCUGGAUAUCCCGCAGAGUAUCCACUGGCACGGUAUGCGCCAGAUGGGCUCCAACGUCAUGGACGGCGUGCCGGGCAUUUCGCAGUGCCCCAUCCCUCCCGGCGGCUCGUUCACGUACCGUUUCACGCUGAAUGGCGGCGAGAUGGGCACGUACUGGUACCACUCGCACUACGGCAACACGCUGGCGGACGGUAUCGUCGGUGGCCUCAUAGUGCACGCGCCGCAGGAGCCGCUCAAGCUCGGGCAGGACUACGACGACGAGCGUAUCGUCUACCUGUCCGACUUUAUGGACGACCAGAGCCAGGUGAUUGUCGACGCCACGUCCAACCUGUUCCAUGGGUAUCGCGGCCUGCCGAUCGUGACCACUCCCGACGCGAUUCUCGUCAACGGUGUAGGCCAGACAGACUGUCUGCAUGCGCAGGCCGGUGUGCCGUGCUAUCAGAACAACCCCGCUGAAAUCAAGGCUGCGGCAGGGACGCGCGUGCGCCUCCGGCUCAUCAACACGGGCUCGCACGCCAUGAUCCGGUUCUCGAUUGACGGGCACGCGCUGACGGUCGUGGAGGCCGACGACACGCCGCUGCAGCCCGUGACGGUGCACGAAGUCCCCAUCAACACUGCCCAGCGGUACAGUGUCAUUGUCACGCUGGACCAAGGCGCCGCUGGCUCGAGUUUCUGGAUGCGCGCCCAGGCCGCCACGUUCUGCAUCAACCCCCUCGCCCCGGCCGUCCUGGGCAGUGCGAUCCUGCGGUAUACCGACGCGAGCGGCAACGGCGCUGGGUCGGCGCCACCUGCUUCCGGACCAUGGGGCGACCUCGCGUCGCCGCAGCUGUCCCCGUGUCUCGACCUAGACCACAAGGUGACGCUGACCCCGUCCGUCCCCGAAGACGCGCCGACGAGCGUGAGCGCCAGCACGACGUUUAACAGUUUGUUUGGCGUCUUUAUCGAUAAAGUGAAAAAGACGCCGUUUAUCGGGUUUGGCAUCAACUUUGUGACGUACACAAACUACAUCAACAACCCGCUGCUGGCACGGGUCAUGCGGGGCAUGUCGAUCCCGGGGACAGAGGUGACGAGCGUGACGUUUAGCAAGGACGGCACCGCGGACAUUAUCAUCAACGUCCUGGACCCACAGCCCCUGUCGCACCCGUUCCACCUGCACGGCCGGCCGUUCUACAUUGUCGGCCGCGGAACGGGCGUCUACACGUUCCUCACGUCGUGGCUGUUCUCGCCCAAGACCAAGAACCCCCUGCGGCGCGACACCAUCACCAUCCCGAGCCUGUCGUGGGCCAUCCUGCGCGUCAAGCUCGACGACCCGGGCGUGUGGCCGCUCCACUGCCACAUUGGCUGGCACCUGGCCGUGGGCAAGAUGGCCGUCGUGGUGGUCCGCCCCGACGCCAUCAAGCAGCAACAGCAGCCGAGCGAGUGGCAGGCGCUGUGCGCCGGUACCAACGUCAACGAGAUUGGCCCUGCGAAGCGAUAUCUCCCGCCGUACGCUGCGGCGGCGGCGCGCGAGCAGUGGAUGAUCGGCAGCGACGGCGGCGAUCCAUUCUCCAAUGCCAACGGCUCGUUCUGGCCCGCGCUGGGAAAGCCAUAUGUCGGGCCCGUGUCCCACCCGCACUUUGACCACGAGGCGCGCACACGCCUCACCAAGCGGUUUGCGGAUGAGAAUGGCGACGGCGACGCGAUUUGGAUCUGGGACGAGACGAGAUGGAUAUUUGGAAUGAUGAGGGAAGGAGGAAUGUACAUGGUGCUUCCGUUUGGCCCAUUGGAUCGCCGCCAGAGGGUCGGUGUCUGUCGUGAGGAGAUGGAGGAGGGCACCCUUUGUUAA